GGUACCUGAAUGCAAUUCCUCCCACACCUUCCCACGUAACGGAGACCCUCCUCCCGCGGCUGAACAGUUUUAGCAGCUCUUCUCCGCGUCGGAGACGCGGGAGCCUGUUCCCUCAGGUGGGGCAACUCAGCGCUGGAGGGUAAUUUGUAAUUGGAACUGAACAAUUCAGAAACACCUCUGACAAAGGUGAAGGAACUAGAUCUCGAAAAGAACAUGGCACAGACUUUCAUCUGGAAGCUGGUGAUCACAGGCUGGAUUCACCUCUACUGCCUAAUGCUUGUCAGUGCCCAAAACAAUAUCAACUGGGAAGUGCAGAGAUAUGACGGGUGGUACAACAAUCUCGCCUAUCAGAAACGAGGCUCAGCUGGUUCUCCCCUCAUGCGCCUUCUGCCUGCCAGAUAUGCUGAUGGCGUUUAUCAAGCUUUGGAAGAACCAGCAGUGCCAAAUGCACGGACCAUCAGUAAUAUAAUAGCCAAUGGAUCAUCAGGAUUGCAGUCUAUUAAGAAUAACACCGUACUGAGUGUUUUCUUUGGAUAUCAUGUGAUGAGUGAGAUUCUGGAUACAAGGUACCCAGCGUGUCCCCCUGAAUUCCUCGAUGUUCUCAUCCCACCUGGUGAUCCAGUCUUUGACCCCAAUGGUACGGAAAGUGUGAGGUUACUGUUUCGGCGAAAAGAAUGGGACAAGCAUUCAGGACACAGCCCCAACAAUCCCAGGAUACAGGUCAAUGAAGUGACUGCAUGGAUCGAUGGGAGCUCCAUUUACGGAUCUUCUCACUCUUGGUGUGAUGAAUUACGAAGUUUCUCUGAUGGUCGACUGGCUUCUGGUUCCGAUCCUAGGCUUCCCAAGCCAAGCACUGAAAAACUGCUGAUGUGGAAUCAUCCUGAUCCCUCCAGUGGUGACGUCGGGCUCCAAGGAUUUUAUGAUUCUGGAAAUCCAGGAGCCAAUGAAAACCCAUUCAUCAUGGCAGAGCAGAUCAUCUGGUUCUGGUAUCACAAUCACCUGGCCUCCCAGUUUAAAGCUGACAACCCCUCUUGGUCAGAUGAAGACAUAUUCCACCACACCAGAAAAUGGGUUAUUGCUACAUUCCAGAACAUUGCACUAUACGAGUGGUUACCCAAACACCUGGGACAAAAUUUAUCCAGUUACACAGGAUACAAGAAGUUUGUCGACCCUGGUAUCUCACCUGAGUUUCAGGUUGCCAUAUUGAAAUCAAUUGCUACCAUGGUACCACCUGGAGUGUACAUGAGGAACAAGACCUGUGCUUUCCGACAAGUUCGUAGCACCUCCAACAAAAUGUCUCCAGCUCUUCGUCUGUGUAACAACUUCUGGAACAGACAGAAGCCGAAUCUACAAACUGCUGCUGAUUUUGAGGAGCUAAUUUUUGGGAUGACAUCUCAAAUUGCUGAGAGAGAAGACAACAUUAUAGUGGAAGACCUGAGAGAUUAUAUGUAUGGACCGCUGAAGUUCUCUCGGUCUGACCUGGUGGCUCUCACUCUCCAACACGGGAGGGAUAAUGGUCUUCCAACAUAUAACACAGCAAGACAAGCCUAUCAGCUCCCAACAGUUAGCAGCUGGAGUGAAAUUAACCCCAACCUGAUGAACGAGAGCCAGGAGAUCUUCACUAGAUUGGCCAAAGAAUAUGGAGAAGACAUAUCCAAACUAGAGUUGUGGCCUGGAGGUCUGUUGGAGACCAGUGGUGGGGCGGAGGAGCUCUUCACUAAAAUCGUGAUUGAGCAGUUCCAGCGAAUACGGGAUGGAGACAGAUACUGGUUUGAGAAUCAGCAGAAUGGAUUAUUCACAGCCGAAGAAAUCAGUAAAAUUCAGAACACUACUUUUUUUGAUGUCCUGGUGAAUGCCUUAAACACAAAUGAAAAUGAGAUUCAGAAGGACGUCUUUGUCUUCAAAGCUGGGGACCCAUGCCAACAGCCAAGACAGUUGACCGUUUAUGACCUGGAACCUUGCACUGGUCCGAUCUCUUUGAACUAUUUCGAGGGCAGCGGAGCCCCUUUUGGGAUUAUCAUCGUGCUGCUCUGCUGUUUACCACUAGUGUGCCUGAUCCCUGCCUAUGCAGUAGCUUUUUAUCGUAAAACACAGUUCAAGAAACUACAAAAUAUGAACAGGCAGGAGUCUGUAAAAAAGAAGAAUGAAUCUGGAGCAGGAAUCAGAGCCUCCGAAUGGCAAGGACCCAACGAGUCACUUCGACAGGUGGACCUUUGCUUCGAUCCCAAUUAUUGCAUCAGGGUCCUGGACAGCAAGCGUUCCCCAAUCCGCAUCAUUAAUGUCACCAAGGACAUGCACGUUAUCAUAUCAAACAAUGAUCAAAGGGUUUUGCUGCUUAAGGUUCCCAAAGAGUAUGAUCUGGUGCUGUUGUUUGACACAGAAGAGGACCGUUAUGAUUUCAUUGAACAGCUGAGGGACAAUCUUUGUAAAAAUGGAGCCCACCUGCUCCUGACUGAGACAAGUCAGAGAACAAUCUUCAAAGAAGCGGUCACUAAACAGCAGCGAAGCCAAAUCUUAGAUACGUUUUUUCGGAGAGUGUUUGCACAGGUUCUGGAGAUCGACAGGUCGGAUGCUGGGGAUUUCAACACUGAGAUAUCAAGGAAGACAAAGGAGUCUCUGAACUGCGAGCUAACGCGGGUGGAGUUUGCUAAUGCUUUGGGAUUAAAGGAUAAUUCCAUGUUCGUUGAGCAGAUGUUCUCUCUAGCAGACAAAGAUGGAAAUGGUUACCUAUCCUUCAGAGAGUUCUUCGAUAUUUUGAUCAUAUUCAUGAAAGGGUCUCCUGAAGAGAAGUCUAAGAUCAUGUUCCAGAUGUAUGAUGUCGACGGAAAUGGAUUCCUAUUGAAAGAGGAAUUUUCUGUAUUGUUGAGGUCCUUCAUUGAGAUCGCCCACAACUGCUUAUCAAAAAUGCAGGCAGAUGAGAUCAUGAAUUCACUUUUCAAGGAAGCGGGAUUUCAAGACAAAGAUGAACUCACCUGGGAGGACUUCCAUUAUUUGUUCCGGGAUCAUGGAGAUGAAUUGCAGUUUGCUCAGCUCAAUGUGAAAGGUUUGGACAUCCGAGAUAAAGCCAGCAAGUUCCAGCGAGUUUCCUUCCUCAAAAACCCAUACAAGAACAUCCAGGAGACUCCAGUGGAACAGGUUGGACAGGAAUUCCGAAACAGAGACAGACAGAACAAGAAGUCUCCUUACCACCAUCCUAAACCCUUCACAGAAGCGAAGCGGGAGAAGUACAUCCGGAGCAAGAUGCAGCAGAAAAUUCAACAGUUCAAGCGUUUUAUCGAGAACUAUCGGCGGCACAUCGCUUGUGUUCUCAUCUUUUAUGGAAUCGCAGCCGGCGUUUUUGUGGAACGAGCCUACCAUUAUGCUCUUCAGGCAGAGACUACCGGGAUUCCCCAAGCCACGUACAUUGGUAUCAUUGUGUCUCGUGGAUCUGCAGCUAGUAUCUCCUUCAUGUACGCCUACAUCCUCCUUACGAUGUGUCGCAACCUCAUCACGUUCCUGCGAGAAACUUUCCUCAACCGAUACGUCCCCUUCGACGCAGCCGUGGAUUUUCAUCGCUGGAUUGCAAUGACGGCUGUUGCUCUCUCCAUUUUUCACAGUGCUGGGCACGGUGUGAACAUCUACGUUUUCUGUGUCAGUUCGCUCAGCAGCCUGGCCUGCCUCUUCCCCAGUGUGUUCAUCAAUGAUGGAUCAGAGCUUCCUCGGAAAUUUUACUGGUGGUUCUUUGAGACCAUUCCAGGAAUGAGUGGCAUUCUGCUCCUUGUCGUCCUGGCCAUCAUGUAUGUUUUUGCCUCCCGCCAAUUUCGUCGCAUGAGCUUUCAGGCAUUCUGGGUGACUCACCACCUCUACGUGAUCGUGUACAUUCUGAUUCUAAUCCACGGGAGUUCAAACCUGAUCCAGCAACAGACUUUCUACUUGUACUUCAUCGUACCAGCUCUCAUCUACCUGGGAGACAAACUCGUCAGCCUCAGCAGAAAGAAGAAGGAGGUGACGGUGGUGAAGGCGGAACUGCUGCCCUCAGGUGUGACUCAUCUUGAAUUUAAACGCCCUCAGGACUUUGAUUACAAGUCAGGUCAAUGGGUACGCAUCGCGUGUCUGUCACUAGGGACUGAUGAGUACCAUCCCUUCACCUUGACAUCAGCACCAAAUGAGGACACCCUCAGUCUCCACAUCAGGGCAGUGGGACCAUGGACGACAAAGUUACGAGAAACCUACUCGCCAGAGAACGUGGGAAGACUCGGCGGCAACCCAAAGAUCUAUCUGGAUGGACCUUUUGGGGAGGGACACCAAGAAUGGAACCAAUAUGAAGUGUCUGUCCUGGUUGGAGGUGGCAUUGGUGUAACACCAUUUUCGUCAAUUCUCAAAGAUCUCGUCUUCAAGUCGUCAAUCUUUAACAAGAUAGCCUGCAAGAAGGUGUACUUUAUCUGGGUGACACGGACUCAGCGGCAGUUUGAGUGGAUGGCGGACAUCAUUCGCGAGGUGGAGGAGAACGAUAAGAACGACCUUGUGUCUGUCCACAUCUACAUUACCCAGCUGGCUGAAAAGUUUGACCUCAGGACCACUAUGCUUUACAUCUGCGAGCGUCACUUUCAGAAAGUCUCAAACCGAAGCCUCUUCACUGGACUUCGUUCCAUCACACAUUUCGGGCGACCCCAGUUUGUCCCUUUCUUCAACUCACUGCAGGAGGUUCAUCCAGAGGUGGGCAAAAUUGGAGUCUUCAGCUGUGGGCCACCAGGACUGACCAAAAAUGUGGAGAAAGCUUGUCAACAGAUCAACAAGUGGGACCAGGCUCACUUUGUACAUCACUACGAGAACUUCUGAACCACAAGCCCUCAGCCCGAGGGCAAAAAUAUGCCGCAAUCUGUCUUGUAAAAAUUUAUUAAUUGUGCGUUUCACAGUAAUUUUCUGCAAUGUAUUUUAUUUGUCUUCACCUCCUCAUCUCUUGGCGUGUUGUAUGUGUCCUUUCUACAAUGGUACUGUCGAUGUAGGAUAUGACCUACUAACUCACCACUCUUGUUGUGAUUUCGGGACAAGAGGGAGCAGAAGAAUAAUCUGUAGUCUGAGGAGGUAUAGGAUUAAUAAACUAUAACUGUAUUGAUAUCGUAAAACGGAUGAGAAUUAUGGCUGCUCGAAAUACUGAUUUAAAAAGUGUCCUUCAGGCCAGAACAGCCACACCACUGCUUACCUGGGCUGGGUGCUGUGUGGUAAUUGCUGUGUCUGGAACUUAAUUGGAUUCCCAUUAUGCUUGACUAUGGAGAUGAUGGUCAAUCUUAACGGGAAAUGGGAAGGCUGUCUCAAACAAUAAAGGUGAUACCUGCCUUUGUCUCACCCGAUUGCAAAAUGAAUAGCUGAACCUGUGGUGUGAGGCUGCUCUUUGUUCAUCUGCAAUAGCCCUUUGUCCGUUUCCUGCUCAACCAAGAACUCUGGCACCUGACUCAUUAAAGUGUGCGUGACAAUACCUGUAUAAAUCUCUGUCUACCCCUUUGUACUGAGAGAACUCGGGAAGCAACUCUUAGUGAGUGCUGAAGAGAAUUCUCCUAGUGGGGCACUGCUAAUAAAGGUAUUUGAUCGAAUCGA